AUGGUACGCGCCGUUGCCGCCAGAGGUGGCAUGGUCCCUCUGCCGCAGGACAUCGGUGUCCCCGUCCCAGCCCCCACUCCGUUCUCCGCCCCGCAGCGGACGCCGGUCCUAAAGCUCUCUAGUAGCACGUGCCGCGUGACGUUGGAGCAGAUCAGGCUCGUCCUGCCGGAUACGGUGUCGAAAGAUGGCACGGAGUACACGCUGAACAACAAGAUUUGGCUUCGCGAUGGCUCCAUCCUCGAGAUUCACGGGGCGUCCAAGGCUUCUUCCCCGGAUGCGGCUGUUUCUCUUCUGAAACUGAAGAGCGACACAACUUCCUCUGCGCCCAUCAUAGCUUGGCAUGGGAAGCUCUCCAUCCUCGACACCGCCAUCACGUCGUGGGAUGCCUCCCUCGGCGGCCCGGAUGAGAGGCUCGAGGGCAGGGCUUACAUCGCAGCCCUGAGCGGGGAGAACGGGGCGCAAACCAUCGUCUACACUUCAAGGAUGGACGUCGAGGAUUCGGAGAUAUCCUUCUUGGGGAACGAGGGGGACUACCACAACGACAUCGAUUCGGACUACGGCCUCCUUUGGAAGGUCCAGGGGUAUGACGACCGUUAUGGAGGAGACCUGGGUAUCUUCGACAGGGUCGGAGUAUACGGGGGCCUCAAGCGCAACAGCAUCCACGACAACUACAUUGGCGCAUACUGCUACGGAAUGAAGGGCGACUCGAACUGGACCGACAACGAGAUUUACGACAACUACCUCAACGGGAUGAACCCGCAGGACAACAGCGACGGAAUGACGAUCAGCGAAAACCACGUUCACGACAACGGAUGGCACGGCAUCGAGUUCAGCAAGCGCUGCGAACGUGCGGUGGUCCACGACAACGUGGUAGAGGACAACGCUCGUGCGGGCAUCUUCUUCCACCGGUCCACCGACUACGCGGAGGCGUACGACAACGUCUGCAGGCGUAACCUUGAGGGAGACUUCGGCAUCGUGGAGAGCACCGGCGUUCAGGUCUACGGCAACGUCAUGGAGGGAGGAAAGUACGGCAUUCGCUUGAGCCUGGGUGCUGAGGAAUGCGACGUGUACGACAACGUCAUGUCCGACUCAACUCGCUACGGGGUGUUCUUCUACCGCGGCAGCGACGAGGCAGAGGCCUCGGCGGACUGGGACGGACGCCCGCGCUUGAACGUUAUCAGGAACAACACCAUCUCCGACCCUGGAGAGGAAAAGGGAAUUGCGGUCAAAGAGUCGGACAACACCAUGAUCCUCGACAACAAGUUCUCCGGCAUCGACACUCUCCGCUUCGACGACUCGACCGAGACCCUUGUGACGGGCAACGAACUCCCCGACGGUGUGGCGUUCGACCUCGAGAACGGAGCGACACUCGCGGAUGGAUCUCAACCGUCUACCGACUAGGUCGUCCUGCCUUUUUCUUUUUGCAGGAACAACACGUGCCGCGUUUUUUGGUUGCGAGCAGCGUUUGUGAUCGCAAGGGGCGCUGUAGUGGGGGCUGCUCGACGCCCUGUAGUUUGUGGAGGUAAGUAUGAAAUCGCUUGAUGAAAGGCUCGCUUCUGUACGAAGGCAGCCGCUAUAUGGUGCGCCAUGUGACCUCUGUGGUGAUUGUUACUUUGCGAAGCACGGCUUCUCGCUUGCUGAGAAAACCAUGCUUGGCUGCUUCGAAACCUGUUCAACUCUCAUGAAUACAGCAGCAGCCGCUGGUGGUGCGUGUGCCCAGUUCGGCAGCAUCCCUGGUGGAAGGUUAUAUAUUCUAACGGGUCAACACGGGGGAAGAGUUUCUUAUGGUGGUUUUAAAGCAGAUGUGACGAUGAUGACGGAUGCAUGCCCGCAAAGGUGUUGCAUUGCGGAGCCGCGGGCUGAUCUUGCACAUUGGGCGGCACUGGUUAGCUUACGAUAUAAUCUUGUUGAUGAUUGAUUGAGGCUCGUUUGUAUUGUCGCGAGGCGAGUGUAUGCUUGGCAGCGUAGAAUUACCACGUCCGGUGAGGCUCGUGUUUCCUGCCGUCGAAGACAUCCGUACAGCACAGCAGUUUUUUUCUUAAGAGGUCGAAGGUGUAAUAAUGCCGUACGUUCUGUGGCGUGCGAUAGAGUAGACCGGUGUACUACGUGGGCGGUCGUUACAUUUUCCAGGUGCCGUACAUUUGGUGUUGUUUUUUGUAAGCGGUAUUAGCGUCCAAUGCCGCCCACGAAGAACUUGUUCGUUACUUAUCUGUAUUCCAUACAGAGCUAGUUCCUAUAUAAGGCGGGUUCGAUUUUUACGUUGGUAACUGCGGUUGAUUGUCAACGACAGCGUCCUCCCUUCUGAACGUAGUUGGUGGCGUCAUGUAACGAGAGAGGAGGAUGAGGGAUUACAAAAGAUUUGCUUGACAGUAAGAUUAAUUUCAUAUUAGGCCAAAAUCCUUAUCCUCACGCCAUCUCCAUAUUUAUUUUUCGUCCAGUGUGCGCGGUCAGUUUUUUUUCUCAUAUCGUGUUCGCUUUUUCCCGUUUUCACCACUUAUCGCGUCUUGCGGUGAUUUUGGGUCCUUGUUUCUUUGUUAUGCAAUUGCGUACCCUCUUUUUGCCUUGUAAUUACGACAGGCGUUCGCGUCAGUUGGACUGGGACGGGUGUUAAAAGGUACUGAGCGGAGACCGGAGCGAGUUUUUAGCAGAAACCAGAUCGGGUUUUGGUGUGAAGACAACAUCAACAACUAGAAGCAUUUGCUUGUGGUACACAUCCGUCGAUGGAUUUCAUGCUCUUUUCGUGUACGGUGUCGUGCGUUGCGUCGACCGCGUAACAGACUGACCAAUUGAACGGCGUCUGUCGUAGAGCGGUGAUACAUUCAUUCGGUUUGUAGUUGUUCCCCAAGUUCAAAUUGGGGCCUCAGUCGCGGGUAGAGGUUCAGCAUUCCAUUUUUUUUGUGAUGUGGCAGAAAAGUUGUGACAAAAUUC